AUGCCCCUAUUCAGCUGGAUGAAAUGGUUGCGUGCUGAAGGAGAACAGGCUCAAGAUGAGGGGACGUCUGCUAAGUCCACAGGGGUAUUACCCAGCUGUACAUUGAUCAGGGAGCUGCUGUGGCACGUGGAGGAGAGGGAGCGCCUGGCACGGGAGGUGGAGCGGGAACACAGGUUGGCCCACAACACCGUGGGAUACCCCCACUGGCUUCAGAGCUACCCAAGGUUACGCACGCUGAUCCCCGCAUCGGAGCGUCACCAGUUGGAGCGUUUGUGUGCCCAGAUCCAGCCCAUACACACCGCCACGGUGCUCUCCAGGUUCCGAGAGGUGCUGGCCAGCAACAACAUCCUGCCCUGGGAGCUGGUGUACGUCUUCAAGCAGGUGCUGAGAGACUUCCUCAACAAAGAGGAAGGGGAAGAAGAGGAGGAGCAUCUGCCGCAGCCAGCACUGCUUGGGCCAAUGGAGGAAUGGACCAACCGAUACCAAAUGAAGCAGGGCUUUGUCACACCCACCGUGCCGGACUGUGGUGAGCCACUGAGAGAGGAGAUCCCAACCAUCUCUGGAUAUGUGGACCGUACUAUGAGAGGCUCUAGUCCUUUCACUGCCCAUAGGGACUGGGACCUUCCCUACUACUACCAUCACCCAGUGCCACACAACUCCCCAGAGGCCUACAGCACCAUGCUGUGA